CCCCCCCCUCUCUGGCUCUCUCGUUUCAUCCACACAGCAUAGAGGCGCCUUCAAAGAUCCCAGCACACGGAAAUUACACGGCACCACGCGCGGCCGCCUUUGUCUUUUCGGUGCCGAUGUUGUUUAUUCACCCACGGAGAGGAGGACUGCAGGGCAGGCCGGGCAGGCCAGUCCGAGAACCGGUUCAGACAAUAAUCCUCGGCAGCCGACAGCCGGCAAUCAAUUUCAGCAGGUGGCCGGGUUUGUAGAACAAGUGCGCGCUAACCGCUGCGCCACCGCUCCCUCCCACCACCACCACCACCACACACGAAGCCCAACCCCAGCCGCCGAGCAAAGCGAAGAGCGACUGGAGGAGGAGCAGGAGGGAGACGCGCAGAACACAACCGUGUGUGCGUGGAGGCACGCAGCAGCAGCAACAGCAACAGCGUCGUCAUCAUCCGUUAGAGGCAGCCGCGCUGGGCGCAAGUGAGAUGGCGUGCUGAUCGCGUCAAACAGGUGACGACCGGGACGUCCCUCUCAGGAGCGACGAGUCUUCUCACAUUUCUUCCGAGAAAGAACAGAAAGGAAGAAUGGCCAGGGCGACCCUCGGCAUCAGGACUUCCUUGUGCCUCCGCGUGGGAGCGAUCGUCUUGCUCGGGCAGUUGAUCACCGCGGCGGACUCCUCCGAUGACCCUUACCUCAAAAGCAGAGCCAACAUCACCAAGGAUUGCUACGGUUCCUACGAAUGCGCGAGAGGCAUCAUCCUCCCAAUAUGGGUGCCGAACAAUCCGUCGGUCGGCGACAAGGUGGCCCGAGCGAUUGUGUACUUUGUCGCUCUCAUAUACAUGUUCCUGGGAGUGUCGAUCAUCGCCGACCGCUUUAUGGCCUCCAUCGAGGUGAUCACGUCGCAGGAGAAGGAGAUCACCAUCAAGCGGCCCGACGGUGAGACGACCACCACCACGGUACGCGUGUGGAACGAGACCGUCUCCAACCUCACGCUGAUGGCCCUGGGCUCCUCGGCCCCCGAGAUCCUGCUCUCCAUCAUCGAGAUCUGCGGCCACGGCUUCGAAGCCGGCGACCUGGGCCCCAGCACCAUCGUCGGUAGCGCCGCCUUCAACAUGUUCGUCAUCAUCGCCAUCUGCGUGUACUCCAUCCCCGACGGCGAGACGCGCAAGAUCAAGCACCUGCGCGUGUUCUUCGUGACGGCCGCGUGGAGCAUCUUCGCGUACAUCUGGCUCUACCUGAUCCUGGCCGUGAUCUCUCCGAAUGUCGUCGACAUCUGGGAGGCCCUGCUCACGUUCAUGUUCUUCCCCAUCUGCGUGGUGUUCGCCUGGGUCGCCGACCGCCGCCUCCUCUUCUACAAGUACAUGUACAAGAAGUACCGCGCCGACAAGCACAGGGGCAUCAUCAUCGAGACAGAGGGCGACCGGCCCCGCAUGAACAUCGAGAUGGACGGCAGGAUGCUCAACUACGAGACCGACGUCGUGCCCGACGGGAUGCUCGUCGACGGGGAGGAGAAAGACAUCGACGAGAGCCGGCGCGACAUGAUCAAGCUGCUCAAAGAGCUGAAGCAGAAGUACCCCGAGAAGGACCUGGACCAGCUGGUGGAGCUCGCCAACUACCAGGCGCUCACCCAGCAGCAGAAGAGCCGCGCGUUCUACCGCAUUCAGGCGAUCCGCAUGAUGACGGGUGCCGGCAACAUUCUGAAGAAGCACGCGGCUGACCAGGCGCGCAAGGCCAUGAGCGUCCAGAACAUCGAGAGCGACGGCGAGAGCGACUUCGUGAGCAAGAUCUGCUUCGAACCGGGCGCGUACCAGUGCUUCGAGAACUGCGGCUCGUGCAUCCUGACGGUAUCGCGCAAGGGCGGCGACACGAGCGGCUUCGUGAGCGUGCGCUACAAGACGGAGAACGGGACCGCCACGGCCGGCUCGGACUUCGAGUUCAGCGAGGGGAAGAUCGUCUUCAAGCCGGGCGAGACCCAGAAGGAGAUCUCGAUCAGCAUCAUCGACGACGACAUCUUUGAGGAGGACGAGCACUUCUACGUGCGCCUCUCGGACGUCGAGGCGGAGGUGACGGAGGACGGGCCGGAGAUCAACCACGUGAGCCUGCCGAAGGCCCUGCUGGUGGAGCCCACUGUGGCCACGGUCACCAUCUUUGACGACGACCACGCGGGCAUCUUCAUGUUCGAGGAGAAGGUGAUGCGCGUGAGCGAGAGCGUCGGCGUCAUGGAGGCGAAGGUGAUGAGGACGUCGGGCGCCCGCGGCACCGUCGUCGUUCCGUACCGCACCAUGGAGGGGACGGCGCGCGGCAGCGGCGACGAUUACGAGGAUUCCUUCGGCGAGCUCGAGUUUCACAAUGACGAGAUCGUCAAAACUAUCGAUAUCAAAGUUAUUGACGAUGAAGAGUAUGAGAAAAACAAGACAUUCUGCGUUGAGCUGGGAGAACCUCGCUUGGUGGAGAUAAUCCUUAGUCCAGACAAGCACGAGAACGGACUGCAGGCCGAGACGGAUAAGGAGGAAGCUCAGCGGAUCGCCGAGAUGGGAAGGCCCAUCCUGGGGGAGAACUCCCGCCUCGAGGUCAUCAUUGAGGAGUCCUACGAGUUCAAGAGCACGGUGGACAAGCUGAUCAAGAAGACGAACCUGGCCCUCGUUGUGGGGACCAACUCGUGGAAGGAGCAGUUCAAGGAUGCUAUCACCGUCAGCGCAGGCGACGACGAUGACGACGAGGAAAGCGGUGAGGAGAAGCUGCCGUCGUGCUUCGACUACGUCAUGCACUUCCUCACGGUCUUCUGGAAGGUGCUCUUUGCGUUCGUGCCGCCCACGGACGUGUGGAACGGCUGGGCCUGCUUCCUCGUCUCCAUCUCCGUGAUCGGCCUCCUCACCGCCAUGAUCGGCGACCUGGCCUCGCACUUUGGCUGCACCGUGGGCCUCAAAGACUCGGUCACCGCCGUCGUGUUUGUAGCCCUCGGCACCUCCAUCCCAGACACGUUCGCGAGCAAAGUGGCGGCCGUGCAGGACCAGUUCGCCGACGCGUCGGUGGGCAACGUGACGGGCAGCAACGCGGUGAACGUCUUCCUGGGCAUCGGCAUCGCGUGGACCAUCGCCUCCGUCCACUGCUGGGCGAACAACAAGAAGUUCUACGUGGACCCCGGCACGCUGGCCUUCUCCGUGACGCUCUUCACCGUCUUCGCCUUCAUCUGCGUCGGCGUGCUCAUGUGGCGGAGGAGGCCCAGCGUGGGCGGAGAGCUGGGCGGUCCACGAAACAUGAAGCUCAUGACCACCGGCCUCUUCAUCCUGCUCUGGCUCAUUUACAUCCUGUUCGCCGGGCUCGAGGCCUACUGCCACGUCAAGGCCUUCUGAGGAGGAAGCGAGCCAAGAUGUUUUUUUUUUUUGUAAUAGCGAGUGGGGGAUAUAGAUGAAAAUUGAAAGAAAAAAAAACAAGUACGAUGGAUAUAUGUAUACGGUAUAUUGCGAACGAAAAAAAAAACACUCGAAAGCACUGUGACGAUAGGAUUUUAGUUUUGACGAGAAUUUUAAACAAGACAGUACAUACAGGCCUUCUUGGCAACUGAAGAGAUUGAGUGUGUUUUUUUUUCUUACCGUGAAGUGCGGUUGUUACCUUGUUCUAACUAGAAAUGUUUGUAAAAUAUCUAACGGCCAUAAACAUCCUUAAGGCACAACUUUUAACGGAGCAGCUGGAAGGGAGGAAAGACGAACGAGUCCCCGAACCCUCUGCAGCUCUCGUCCUGAGGUCAUAAAACAAAACCCAAUUGCGGCACCGCGAAAAAAAAUCGAAUUUCCAAAACGUGUAGAGCUCCAUCGGCUUUAGGGAGAUUUGGCCAACCGCCCCUGUAAUUGUGCACAUGAGCAUUCGGCAACCGUCUCUCGCAGCUGAUACGUGUAACGCAUGAAAAAAAUUCUGAGCGGGCGCUACUUUUAUGUAAAGGUGAAGGGCAUAGCCCAGAAAUUUACUUGUGCCGUAAGUGCCACACUGCUGGGCCGAAGAAGCGCCUCCUCUCGAGAGAACACGAUCAGGAGAGCCCCUCCAAAAUAUAUUUUUGGCCUACACUCCCACACCGGCUAUUGUUUUAAACGCGUGGGAAAGUCAGCGCCGCGACCGAGAGAGAGAGAGAGAGGCAUUUUCACAUUCGUGUGCCAGAUCUGGUUCGGGCGGACCCUUUGCUGCGCGAGUGACAACAAUUCAGCGAGGGUUUCAUCGCCACUUCAGAGUCGAGGCAAAGCCACCGCCGCGGCUGUGCCAGUACAGACGACGUCUGUGACUUUGCUCGCCGAGGAUUGCGCAGCGCACACGCCUUGGUUGCUUACUCUCUUCGGAAUUCGUAUCACCAGGUCUCGUUGGCAGAAUUAAGGGCACGGCCGUCACACGCAGUUGUCAGUAAAAGUGACCACUGCUCUAGAAAUAAAGCACAGUUAGUUUUUUUUUUUCUGAAAUAAUUAUAGUAAUAAUGAUAAGAAGAUCAUCACAUAUGGUUUGUUUAUAUUUCGGGUUUUUUUGCACGUCUUACGAAAAAAAAAGCAAUUAUAAUUGUACGCAACAAAGAUGUGUGCGAGAAUACAUUAAAUUGGUUACCCCCCGACCCCCCCCCCCUCCCCGCGUUUAACCUUGCAUGGCACACGGUCUGAGAAAAAUGUCGAGGACACACACGAGGCACGCGGUGGGAACGUUGUGAUGUCGCGGAGCGGUAAGAAACUCGGCAAUGGCGUAUUGCGAUGAAAGCGCGGCUGGUUCUGCCACGGAUGAGAUUCAGCUCUUGCGGUGCCCCUCCGCACUCCGAGUCCUCUGCCCGCGCUUCGCCGAGGAAAUGCCACGGGUUGUUUUUUUUUCUUUUCUUUUGCUUGACAUUUGUGAGAAACACAGUUUUAAACACACGAUUUUAAAACACAGUUAAAAGAAAAUGACUUUGCAACAGAAAAACACUGUGUGGGAAAAUCCACGCGUGGAAGAAACGACGGAGGGCACUCAUCAUUGGGGCACGAAAAGCCAAAAACUGGAUUCCCAGCCUUUUCUGCAAGUGCAGCUGGGGGUACGCAUUGCAACCGUAGUCAUUUGGUAGCUUCCUCAACAGUGCAUACGAUCGGCCAAUAAACGUGCUCAAUGUUCGUC